CAUUUGCAUUUAGCUGCACUGUUCUGCCCUCUAUCGAGUUCGGUUAACUUGUUUUCUGAUACCUAACCUCUUAUUAAAAUUUAUAUAUUUCUAAACUACAACUUAUUAUAAAGUUAUUUCUAAACCAUAUAUUUACUCAAAUGAAAUGAUUUGUCCCGACUUCUUAGAAUUUCAGGAUAUUCUAAAAAAAAUGCGUGUUCUAGAUGAUAAAAUAGUUUAUUCCUUAAAUACGUCCAUACCGACCGAGUCGUUUAAAAACAAAGUAGAUGCCUCCUCAGCUUGCCAAGACUUAUAUGAACAAAUUCAAAAGGGGCAUAGUGAACGAGAAAAUGUCAUUAAAAAUUGUAUUAUUGUAACUGCUGAUACAGUUAAACAUUUAAAAGCAGCAAAGGAACAAGCUCCAGAUGACAUUGAUUUACUGAAGAAUUUAAAGUCUGAACAAAGAAAGUUACGCCUUCUACAAACUGAGUUAAGUGUGGAAGAAGUAAUACGGGAAAAGACAUCUAAGUUAUUCACAGAAAAAUGUAGAAAUUAUUACAAACCUGAGAAGAAGUAAAGACUGAAUUGUGCAUUUACAACAUUGAUUCAAUCAAUGAGGAUUUGAUUAUGUUAUGUAAAUAAUUAAUAUAGCUUUAUAGAUAGAUUGUAAAAUGGCAACAAAAUAUAUUAAAAAUUUAUAUAAACAUUG